CCACCAUCCGCUAGCGACACUGUCGCGCCGUCUCCCCAGACCGAUGCGCCUUCGAUCCUCACGCUCUUGUUCCCCGUAGUCUGGUCUUUCAAGUACACGACCGCGGCCUUUGCCGCCCUUUACUAUUCAACAUGGCUUCCACUGCACCCGCAGCGGUUCACAACCUCGUCGCCGCUGCCACAGGACUGCGUCCCACCAUGUCUGCUGCUCUGAGGCUGUCGUGGCAGGCAUUCGGGCGUACGCCUGCUGCCAACAGCGCCAGGCAGAUGCACACCGCCCUGCCUCUCGUUUCCAGUCCCCUCGCCCGCAAUGCAUCCCUGAAGUCGCAGAUCACAAGACAUUAUUCGUCUUUGUCGCGCAACGGCCCCCUCACGCAGCUUCGCCAGCAGCCCCGGUUUGGCAUGGUCGGUCUCGGUCUGGCGCAGCAGCGCUCGCUCUUCGGUGGCCCUUCUCGGGACCAGCUUGCUCGUCUGGAGGAAGCCGCCAACAACAACCCCAACAGUGCUACUUCUCAGGCUUCGUUCUACUCGGCUGUCAUGCGCGCCAACAUGCCGCAAAUCGUCAUCGAUCGCUACAACACCGGCCAAUUCGCCACAAAUGCCGUCUCGGACCGCCUCUACCGUCAAGCGCUCGAGAAGACGGGCCAAUCUGCUGCUAUUGGUAAUGCACAAGGAGGCAACAAUGGCCUGACGCCACAGCAGAUCCAGGCCGUCAGCCAGGCUGUGGGCGCCAACAUGGGCGCAGGUCAGAUUGGAAAGGCACGCGGCGGCGUGGGCGCCAAGAGCGACCCCGUCUACGUCGUUGUCGAAGAAUCCAUGUGGAACGUCAUUUUCAAGUGGGUCAGAUGGCUUGCUGGCUUCGCGCUAGCAGCCUACGUCUCCUUGAUCUUGAUCACCCUCUUCGUUGAGACCAGCGGCGUCCUCAAGAAGGUCGGCGGUGGCACCAGCGCUGAGGUCCGUCCCGAGCACCAAAACACACGCUUCAGCGACGUACAUGGAUGUGACGAGGCCAAGGAGGAGCUUCUCGACGUUGUCGACUUCCUGAAGCACCCUGAGCGUUACAACAAGCUUGGUGGCAGACUGCCAAAGGGUGUCCUGCUCAUUGGCCCCCCUGGUACUGGUAAGACACUGCUCGCUCGUGCUGUUGCCGGUGAGGCUGGUGUCCCUUUCUUUUACAUGUCUGGAUCUGAGUUCGACGAGGUCUAUGUCGGUGUUGGUGCCAAGCGCGUUCGCGAACUCUUCACCACUGCUCGAGCUAAGGCCCCUGCCAUUGUAUUCAUCGAUGAGCUUGACGCUAUCGGCGGCAAGCGUAAGUCGCGCGAUGCCAAUUACCACCGUCAGACCCUCAACCAGCUGCUGAACGAUCUCGAUGGAUUCGACCAAUCCACUGGUGUCAUCUUCAUCGCCGCUACGAACCACCCAGAAUUGCUUGACUCGGCUCUGCUGCGUCCUGGACGAUUCGAUCGCCACGUACAGGUCGAGCUUCCCGACGUCGGCGGCCGUCUCGCUAUUCUGAAGUACCACACCAAGAAGAUCCGCCUGUCCCCUGAAAUCGACCUUUCGACGAUUGCUCGCGGUACACCUGGUUUCUCUGGUGCUGAACUUGAAAACCUCGCCAACUCCGCUGCUAUCCGUGCUUCUAAGCUCCAGUCCAAGUUCGUCUCGCUGAACGACCUCGAGUGGGCUAAGGACAAGAUUACAAUGGGUUCUGAGAAGAAGACUCGCGCCGUCCCUCUCCAGGACAAGAUCCACACUGCCUACCACGAGGGAGGUCACGCUCUUGUCGGUCUCUUCACAAAGGGUUACAGUGAUGUGCACAAGGCCACUAUUCUUCCCCGAGGUCACGCUGCGGGUAUCACAUUUUUCCUUCCCCAGGAAGAACACCACCACACUCGAUCGCAAUACAUCCGCCAACUACAAGUCUGCAUGGGUGGCAAGAUGGCCGAAGAAAUCAUUUUCGGUGCUGACAACGUAGCUGACGGUGCAUCCGGCGAUAUCCAGCAAGCCACACAGCUAGCAUACAGCAUGGUAACAGCCUGUGGUUUCUCGGACGUGCUCGGCAAUGUCGACUUCAAGUCCAACUACGAGAUGGUCUCACCCGAGACAAAGCGCCUCAUCGACAACGAAGUCCGUCGCUUGAUCGACGAGGCGCGAGUCAGCGCGAGGAAACUCCUUGAAGAGAAGCGUCCCGAGCUCGACCGCCUUGCUGAGGCCCUCGUCCAGUACGAGACUCUGGACAAAGCUGAGAUUAUGAAGGUCAUCAAGGGCGAGAAUCUGCCCGAUCGUAUCAAGUCGAGUCCAGAUGCGCCGAUCAAGAUGCCCACAAGAGCGCUGCCGUUACCUGUAGCGCUGCCGGUGCCUGGUACUGGCAAUGAGGGCGGGCCUCCGGGGCCUAGUGUGGUCGCAUGAGGGAAAUAUUGAAAUUGCCCCGGAUCUGGAGCAAAGCAUCGUUGCAUCUUUGCAUGCAGAGGCGAAUGGCGUUUUGAGGCCCUCUUCCCUCUCGCUUCGAGCGUUGCUCGUCUUUCAUUAUGUAUAAUGCAGGUAUAACUAGCGUGCGAAAGGCAUUGCGUGGAUCGAGCACUGCACUGAGCAUGCCAGGUUGAGAGAUGGAAGGACGGGAGACGUGUAACUAGACUGAGGUGAAUUGGAAAAAUGAAAUACAGCUUCGCAAUCGUAUCUGUCCGGUUGUGUGGUGCGAUGUUUGCAGAGUACUCUGACUAAGCCCUGCCAAUACAGACUGCACGUAUGCCUCCACCAGCUUUGCGAACGUGGGUACCAGUC